CACUAUUUUUUCCCCGACGGGCUGUACACUCGUCCUCACCGAGAGCGAUUUUUAAGAAUUUUGUUCGGAGUAUCCCUUGCGACAGUUUGAUUUGAAAGGGGAAGGCGAUCAACAACAAAAAAAUGUUCCGAAAUGGGAAGCAACGAUUCAGUAUUUGAAAAAGGGGAAAAAUCUAAGGAAUCGGGGGCUGCGCUUGCAAAUAGGAUCUCGAGAGGAGUCCUUCAGGAAGAUGGAGCCUGGAUUUAUUGCUGUCUGCAUAAUCGCAUACAGGUGGGAGAGAAGGAGAAGCUUGUGAUGGAGGCAUCUGGAUGGCCAAAGGGAAGAGCAAGACCCUAGGGCCAGAGGGCCCCCUGCAGACUCAGAGGAUGAGGCUCAUAGAAAUGUUGUGCGUAGACGGCCCUCAAGACUGAGGAUAGACAGAACUUGCAUGUCUUAUCUGCAGAUGAGCAAGAACCAGUGUUGCUGAUGCCUCCACAUGUCCACAGAUCUGGUGAUUCACAUUUGCGACAUUCUCCAGCAAUUGGCGCCAUAGGACUGGGAGGGCAUCCAUUGCCAUUGACUCCGAAAGUAAUGGCUGCACUCAACUUCUAUGCCAGUGGCUCGUUCCAGGGCUCUGCUGGGGACUUCUGCAGGACAUCUCAUGCACAAGUGCCUUAUUUGCCAAGGCAUGCAAUUAGGCCAGCUUCGACAGAGAUCAAGCAAGCCAGGGCAUCAGAGCACUGGGCUUUGCUGAGAUUUUCAGAUUCCCACAGAUGCAAGGAACUGUCGACUGCACUCAUGUGCUAUAAAAGCUCCCUGGCUAUAAGUCAACCAGAAAGGCUACCACUCGCUCAAUGUACAGCUGCUCUGCAUCCAUAAGAAACUUAUCAUGCAGGUUUGUGCCAGAUUCCCAGGAAGCAUCCAUGACUCAUAUAUCUUGAGUAGAUCGCAGAUCCCAGACAUCUUAGAGGGACCACAGAGGAUCUAGGGAUGGCUUCUUGGUGACAAAGGGUACCUGCAAAGGAUGUGGCUGAUGAUGCCCAUGCGUGGCCUCAGACUCCUGCAGAGGGAAGGUACAAUGAGGCUCAUGCUAGUAGCCUAACAUUGGUGGAGCACAUCAUAGAGAUAUUAAAGAUGUGAUUCCAUUGCAUGGAUAGAUCUGGUAGAGCACUCCAGUCCCCAGAGAGUCUCACAGAUCAUUAUGGUUUGCUGUGUGCUGUACAACCUGGCGCUGCAAAGAGGGGAGGACUUGCCCUGUGCCGGCAUGGAAGUGCUGCAUGUCUCCUCCGAUAAGGAGGAUAUCAAAGGGGAUGAGGCAUUGAGUUGGAGGAAGCAGAGGCUGCAUGAGAAUGGGAAGAGACCACAGCACAGGCCAGAUAAGGCAGAUGCACCAUUCCCUGGAAAAUAUCCCAUAAAAGAUUUUAUCGAAGAGGGGCUGCUAAAUCCAGUGAAACGGACAUAUAAUUUUAAAGCGCAAGGCAGGGGCAGUGCUACCACAUCAGAAUCACAGUCACGUGAACAGCUAGCAAAACCUGGUCAGAAUCCAGUGGCCUUAACCGAGGUGGGAAAGAAACAAUCAUCCCUGCAAGAUCUCAAAAACCCUACCAAAAAGAAAAUUGGUCACAAUGUAUCGCAGAAGGGCACCUUUUCUGCAGCAUCUUACAACUUAAGAGCUCCUGAGUUUGGAAAGUCUACAUUCAAAAGGUGCUUGUAUUUUAUUCAGCUUACUACACCUUUCCUUGAGGUUGCCAUCAAUCAAGAUGCAUUCCUCACUAAUGGUGUCUUUGCUUCCUCCAUCAUUGCUGUUCUUCGAAGACCAAAGCUGCUCUUUUUCACAAUUGGUGACAAAAUGAAAUUGAAAGAAGGACCAGCACCAGGGCAAUACGAUGUGAUGCAUCAAACCUUGUCUCAGAUCAUGACUUCCUCCUUCCAGUCAAAAGUGCCUCGGUUCUUCCCUACAACCAGUAAAACACCAGGACCAGGAACCUAUGACCCUGUCAGACGGACCAAAGCUGCUUCCGGUCUAUACAAUUACCAAUUAAACACGUAAACUGCUUAAUACCUCAACUCCCUUCAGAUUUUGCUCAACUUCAAAUACAUGUAACUUUUGUUGCCACAGUUUCCUGAGUGGGUUAUUAACUAAAGCUGCACGCUCAAAUAAGAAAGUUUGGUGGAAGCAUAAUGGACACCAUGUGAACAAAGUGGCUGCAAAGCUGAAGAAAAUAGUUACUGAGCUGAACAAAAUGCCAGGCGAAUCAAACUCUUUGGCACAGUUUUCUAAAGCCCCACAAUAGAAAUUAGGCGAAAAAUAAAUUAAGAGUACAAUGCGGUGGCAAUAUUCUUGCCUCUGGGCGCAAGCCCCA